CAGGCUACAGAAGGCGAGAAAAGUCGUUGGUGAAGUUUGUGUUGUUGGCUUGGGUCGGGUUCAGCUCUGGCAGAGUCUUGCUUUCGGCUUCUUGUGACGUUUGCUGCGAGUUCCCAGGAGCAAAGCAAGUGUAGAGCAUAGUCCAUCUUGCGGAGAGUCCAUUUGACGGUUCUUGCAUACAUGUUCCCACUGUCAGGAGGAAGAGGAGGAGAGGGAUCAGCUGCGAGCAAGGUCUAGAAGGAGCAGCCGCAAAGGAUCGUAGAACGGGGGUCCAAGGUCUCUCAUCUUGCUGUUGUGCCGAGGCCAUGCACCCCUUGUUAGCCUGAGUGGUGCAUCAUCGUCACCUUUGCUGAUUAUCACCUUGUCGAGUCUGGUCUACCGUCACAAGUCAAGAGGGUUGGUCAUCUCUUGUUUGUAGUUUAGAGGCUGACGAUACGGUUCACAAUACUUCGCUUUCGCUCUUGGGACGAUGCAGAUUGAGAAAUAUCAAGGAUCUACUAGGCAUACGUUGACAGGCUUUGGGGCCUUCUCGGCCUGUGCACUUCUUGGUGUUCCGGGAUGCUAGAGUUGAUUUGAAGGACGUAGCGGACUUCUUUAUCCGACCUUGCACAGGAGGAGGUGGUUUCUCUCGGCAAGGCUUACUUGUUUCUCUUGGAAGUGGCGAACUCAUACAUAUCGACUUGCCUUCACUGUUGUCUUUCGUGUUCGUGUCUGGCUGAUAUUUUCAUGUAUGGCUGGCGCGAACAAGCAUGCAAGUUACCGUGAAACCUAAGGGUGCUGUGAUUAGCCAUACAUGCACAUGUCAGUAUUCCCAUGCUUGCGGAGGGGCAGCGUUGAAGAUGGAAGUCGACUGUUCUCCUCACUAGCCCGAGGUGUGGCAUAGUCUGCUUUCCAGCCUUGAAAGGUCUUAGGGUUCAAGUGGACCGAAUUACUCUAUAGGCCGCUUUUGGCGAACCGGAGGUUCUUUAUUUUAGGACGAUACUGAGGCUCUCUGUAGUAGUGAGGACGCGAUGUUGGAGGUGAGGCACUACACCGGAAGAGACCAUAACGUGGCGGAAGCAGCCCGAGUUGGUCUCGAGAAUGCUCAGCGGUUGCUUCAGAUUCUUUCUCAAAAGCAGACUGGUCAGGGAUUCGAAGAUGACAGCGCCAUCGCUGAGGCCGUUGCAGCUGCUACGAUUUCGAAGUUCAAGAAGGUGGUUUCAUUGCUGAGUCGGACAGGACACGCCCGAUUUCGACGAGGACCUCCAAACCCGUUUUCAGCCAAUUUGGCAGGAUUGCCUGGUGCUGCCUACACGGAGGCCCCUAAUUAUCAGUUUGUAGAGAAUCUGAGCCCUGCGUCAGUUACUCCUCCUUACUCCCCACCCACUUCGUCGGAUCUUGCUCUGCAGCAAUUGUCUGCGUCUGCCCGUCAAUUUCUUCCCUCUCAGAGCACAUCAUCUGGAGGUGCUAGUAGCGGCCCAGCAGAUCCUUCCUCUGGACCUACUUUGCAGAGGCAGUUGCAUCACCAAGUGCUGAGACAUUCUCAGUCUCAGCAGGAUAUGCAUCUCAAAUCAGAGAUGUUGAUGGGGAAGGCCCCCAGUCUCAGCUUGGACAAUUCGCUCACGUCUGCUCCAGUUUCCAAUACUACGAAGUCCUUGCUAUCCUCACUGAGCAUUGACGGGACGGUUGUGAACGGGGUUGUGAAUGGCGUUCUGAACGAUAAGUCGGUCAUAAUGCCACAUCAGUCCUUGCCUCCGAGUCGAGCCCGCAACAACCAAGUGACUUCCAGCAAGAGGAAGUGCACGAAGACCGACGAGGCAGGAGGCAAGUGUGCCACACUUGGGCGAUGCCAUUGUUCAAAGAGAAGAAAGCAGAGAGUGAAGAAGAUUAUAAAGGUGCCUGCUAUCAGCAGCAAGCUAGCUGAUAUCCCCCCAGAUGAUUACUCCUGGAGGAAGUAUGGCCAGAAACCCAUCAAGGGUUCACCCCAUCCAAGAGGAUAUUACAAGUGCAGUAGCCAGCGAGGUUGCCCUGCAAGGAAACACGUGGAAAGGUUUCUGGAUGAUCCAUCCAUGCUCACUGUGACCUAUGAGGGAGAACACACUCAUCCUCGUCAGGUAUCUGGGAACUCGGGACUCGUCGUCCAUUCGUAGAUAAAUUGAGCUGUCUGAAGUACCUAUGGUGGUGAGUUUUCCUCAGAUCGCAAGAUCUUUGAUUGUCACCACGACUUAAGGGUCAAUAUGUGGAUGUGGCUCCUCUUAUUCCAACCUGUGGACGAUCAAUGUAGCCAAGUCCCUGUACAAACGAGGUGGACAAGAAACAUGGACUUUUUGAUCAAACACCAUGGUUGUUUUUGUCUUAUAGAAGUUGAGCUACAGAUUUUUCGGAGGUAUAGUUACUAGGUUGCUCCACAACAAGACCCAUCUUGGAAAGGUGGCGAGCCUUUCCCUGCAAAUUGCAGACACUUAGCUGUUGAAUUUUACUGGGGUUGGCACUCGCAGCACUCGACCACAAAUAUGCGCGACCAACUCACUUUCGAAAUGAGGAAUGUAGAGAUUUUGUUAUAGGUUUAUUGUUUAGACAUCAGCCAGCUGUCUUAUUAGACUCACCGUUUCACCAGGGACAAUCAGGACAAUAAUCGGAUGUAGAGAUGGAGGUGCUAGACUUAGGAUCUAUCUACAGGUUAUUGGGCCCCGAAUGAACUGUAUACUAUGGGGGUUGAACAAACCAAGCAGCAGUCUGUGCAGAGCUAGGCCAUGAUGCAAUUCCACCUGGACAAAACUGUUUUCUCUGCUGCGUAUGAUCAAAACGUUGGCCGUAUGAACACGCCAGCCGUAUCUUUUGUACCAAAGGUGAACAGGAAGUUUGCGUCUCUUAGUUAUCCCGAUAAACGUAAGUUUCUUGUAGAGAUGGAAUGGACGCAGAAAUAUUACACUUCUGAAGAUACGGGCGAUACGACGUAGAAGGGAAACAUCGUGAACAGGAUCAUAGUUCAUGAAAGGUUUGGAGUUGUCUCUCUGUUCUCCCUUGAUAACUUUCCAUUUAAACUAAGGCUGCUACGAAGGAGGUGCUAGUUAGCUAGUUCUGUGUCCCGGAUUACUUCUGGUCCCUAGCCCUCGAUCUUUAUGUACAUUUUUACAUGGAUAACCACCCCGCGAUUUCACAGGUU